AUGUCCACGGGUCUCCAACACCUCGAUCAACUCGUCGAAGACAUUCUUCAAGGCAAGUCGAGUGUCAGCCUUCAGGGUCCGGUCGUGGUUCUGCCAGCCGCGCCCGGCGUUCCAAGUCCAGCACUCCCGGUCGUGCCAUCCACAAAGUCUUCGGCCAAGAAACCCGCGACGUCCUCUAAGAAGACAUCUAAACGGAAGGCUAGCGCUGGCGACACUGUCACCAAGUCGUCCGCUAAGAAUCCACGCUCUACCCAGAAGUUGACCGCCUCGACGCUUCCCUCGUAUGACUAUGCCAAGCUGCUAGAGGUGAAUCCCAACGCUCCUCGGGUCGUGCGAACCGCCAUCGCUAUAGUCCUUCACAAGGCUGAAGAAGCCGGCAAGAUUCCCUGGCGCCUGGCGUACCCAUGGUCGGGUCGACCUCUUUGGUACGACCCAGCUGAAAAUCGGGAUAUUCAUCGAUCUCACUGGUGGUUCUGGAUGACUCACCGAUGCACUUUCUGGGAGUGGGCGUUCCACGCGCCUCUCGAAACAACCUCGGCUCAGUCCAAUCGCCGCAAGCUGAGAAUGCGGGCCUCUUACGCUCGUCUGUCCUUUACGAUCCUUUGUAUCGAGACGUGGGGCUUCUACGCGUUCCUCGAGAAGCUGGAGAAGCGACCCUUCCCCGAGGAUCUCGCCGUCAUCCACGAUAAGUAUCAGGCCAGAUACGAGGCCACGCUCGAGAACGCCCUCAAUCCAGCAAAGGUAGACGCCUAUGGAUCCCCGCAAGUGCUCUCCUUCCUCGGGUUCACCGAAGCCCUGAAUCCCAAGGCCACCGCGAAGAACCGUCUCUCCAUGACUGCCCUUGCACGCAUCCGGCAGGAUCUCACGUCGGAAACCAAGCUCAAGAUGUCGUGGAUUAUCAACCAGAACGCCAAACCUUGGAUUACGCUCAUCAGCUACAACAGCGUCAAGCAACGUCAACUCGACGUUAUGGCCCAAAUGGCCGAUCGGACUUACGAACUCCCCUCCGUUGACCCUCCAACUCAGAAGGAACGCGACCGCGAAGACUUGGCUGACUUGGAGGACGCGGAAGACGAUGUUCAAGCCGCAUCCUCCAGCACAGGUACUGGCACGCCGGCCCAAGGCGAUGACGAGGACGCUGACGAGAACGACGCUGACGGAGAAGAUAAUGGUGGCGAAGUCGAUGAAGUCGUCCCUUUGGCACGCCGAAGGCGCGUUUCGUUCCCACCUCUCCCAUCCGCCCUUACUGAUUAG